CGGAACUUGGAAGUUGGAAGCUGCCUGGUUGAGGAGGGUUACAAAAACUCAUUUUGAGCUUGGAGAAGCGCUCUCUGCGCGAAUCAAGGGCGCUCCUCAUCCAGCACCGCAUACGCCAUUUCUGUAUCCAUUACCUGAAGAUUUGAAGUCACGGUUCAAAAGCAGUUCGGCGCCAAGAGACCUGUUUACAAGUAUACAUUGCGAGCUGCACCUGGGUUAAUUGCUGAAAACGCGGGCGAGCAAAGAUGAGGCCUCCAAGAGGUGGCGGUGGUGGUCGAGGGGGCUUCCGGGGCGGUGGCGGCCAGGGGGGCGACCGUGGGGGCUUUGGCGGCCGGGGGGGCAGUCGAGGGGGGGGCUUUGGCGGCCGGGGGGGAGAUAGAGGGCGUGGCGGAGGCAGGGGACGGGGAGGGGGCCGGGGAGGAGGACGCGGGGGCAUGAAGGGAGGGGCCAAGGUGGUGAUCGAGAACCACAGACAUGAGGGAGUGUUCAUUGCCCGAGGAAAGGAGGAUGCGCUUGUGACCAAGAACAUGGUGCCCGGAGACAGCGUGUAUGGGGAGAAGAGAAUAAGUGUGGAGGCUGAGGGAGGAGAGAAGACGGAGUACCGAGUAUGGAACCCCUUCAGAUCAAAGCUGGCGUCCGCGAUCUUGGGUGGUGUGGACAACAUCUACAUUAAGCCUGGCGCCCAUGUCCUGUACUUGGGCGCUGCAUCUGGAACCACCGUUUCCCACGUCUCAGAUCUCAUCGGGCCGACUGGCAUCGUGUACGCCGUCGAGUUCAGCCACCGCAGUGGGCGCGAUCUGGUAAACAUGGCCAAGAAGCGUACGAACGUGAUUCCCAUCAUCGAGGACGCUCGGCAUCCUGCCCGCUACCGCAUGCUCGUCGGCAUGGUCGACGUCAUCUUUGCUGACGUCGCGCAGCCAGACCAGGCGCGUAUCGUAGCUAUCAACGCCCACCACUUCCUCAAGAAUCAGGGCCACUUCGUUAUCUCCAUCAAGGCCAACUGCAUCGACUCCACGGUUCCUGCUGAGCACGUGUUUGCCAAGGAGGUGGAGAAGCUCAAGGCGGAGAAGUUUAAGCCCAGCGAGCAGCUGACGCUGGAGCCGUACGAGAGGGACCACGCAGUAGUGGUCGGCGGAUACAGGAUGCCGCCUAAAAAGAAGGCCUAGAAUCUUUGUCGAAGCACCGUGGGCUGGUCGAGUCCGGAUUGAACUAGAGCGUUAUAUAGGGUCGUACAUAUUGCAAAUCAAGACAAUCUCAAGCUGGCAAGCUCUUGUGGAAGAUUCCCGGUGGCGCCAUGAUGACGCGUGGUUGUGAUCUUACUUUGCUAAGUCACCAGUCAAAUGAUUGAUGAAUUGAACUUGAAUGAGACCCCGGUCCAUAUGCAACAGUCCAGCAGGAUGAUCGCGAUUGCACAUUGGAGC